GCAACUACCCUCCCAUCUCAUUGCCUGGUUGUCUCAUCACCUGCUUAGAUUCUGCUCUAGUCUUAUUAACCACAUUCUUGUCUGUAUCUUCCUUCAAAAAGGCCACAUAAGUUUGUAAUAUAACAAAAGACAGAAUCUUUGGUAUAUUACAGACAGCACAGAUAGAUUUCUGCUGCGGUGUCCAUUUGACCAGAAAUCUUGUCUCACUCUCUUUUAAAAUAUUUCCAACCCUAACAUGCAGGUCUUUCAAAGGCUAUUCAAGACUGCAAAUGAGACUACUACCUCUAGCCCUCCUAUAAGCAAGAAAGAAACUGCAAAUAAUCAGAAGGUGAAAUCAAAAGACAUUGUUUUGUUUGGGAUCUGUCGGGGGAGCACUAGAAGAAGAGGUGAUAACAGUAGAUCAAGAAGCAAGACCUUCAAUAUAUUCAAAGCAUUAUGCAGGAAUAAGGACAUUAGUCAGGAGUAUUUUUAUAGCACAAUUCAUCUAAGGAGGGUAGAAAGUAAUCCUAGAAGGCAACAUUUUGAAUAUUGCAUUAACAUGAAAAACAAAAGUCUUACACGAGGAUUAAGCAUCUCUCACAAGGCUGCAGAUUCAGUAGGACAUACGCAAGUUUUGCCCAUCACUGAUUCUGCACCGCCAUCAUCAUCAUCGUCGUCGUCGUCGUCGUCGUCAUCAUCAUCGUCGUCCUCAACAAAGGAUAAAGCGCGACGCUCUAAUGGAGAAAAGAAAGACGAAAAAGCUAAGGGAGAUAAAGCUAAGACCAUCUCUAAGAUGAAAGAGCUACUAAGAUGGGCUGUUGCUGCCAAAUCUGACAAGGGCCGUCAAUACAUAGGCAGAAAGGUAUUCAACAACUUUCGCAAUAGGGCAGCAUUGAAGGCAGUACCAGAUGAUGAUCAAAUGAGUAAUGAAUCCCCCAAAAUCAGCUUCAGAUGGGAAGUUGAAAGUUGCUCCACAACUUCCUCUGCUUACUCUGCCAUUUCAAUGCCGGCUUCCUUAACCAAGAAUGACCAGUCCUUCAAUAUCAAUUUUCCUUCUGUAAAAUCAACUCCUCUCCACAUAGAUCAGUGCCCUGCUGCUGGAAAAUUGAACUGGAUCACCUCAGAUUCUGAAUUUGUAGUGCUAGAGCUAUGAAGACUAGGAUCCGAAGGAGUCAUAUCAUCACUAAGUGCACGUUUAUGGCCUGUUCAGUAAUUGAUGAGUAGAGAUUUGAUCCUAUCGGAUGUAAUGACUACGAAUUUUGGAGGGCGGAUUAAUGUAACUUUAAAUCAAUGAUGUGAAGUUUAGAUUUAAUUUUC